GCUACUGAAGAAGCCGCAUCACCUUCCCGCGCUUUCAGAGAUUGACUCUGCUCGGACGAACUGAUGCAGACGACAUUGCUUCGCUUUUCUUCUUCCGCCCACAUUCCCUCCACCGUGGCUACCUCCUCGCUUUCUCUUCUUCUCUCCAAGAACCCCUCUCCCCACUUGUUCUCUCUUUCUUCUCUCACACACUGUUUCACACAUUUUCACACCAUGCCUUCUUCCGUACGGUUUUCUCAUUCCCUGGUUUUAUCGCUGUCCAAGAAGCCCUUCACUGUGAACUCUUCUAUUUCGUCUCGCUACUUCUCUACUUUGGCGGGUUCAACAAGUUUUGGUGCUUGUAGAUGUGUGGUUGAUGAUAUGAGUCACAUGACGCAAGCAAAAGCAUGGGUUUUGCUUAGGAAUGGUAUGAAUGGGACACGAGCUUGGUCUUCUCUUACUUCUGCUGUUGGCGAGGGUACGGGAAGUUCAGAGAAGUGUGUUAGUGGAGAUAUUGGUGAAGUGAGUAGUGGGUCAGUGGCUUCUGAGGAGAAGUCCUUGAGAUUAAAUAGGCGACCAAAGGAUUUGUCUAGCUUCUCUGAUGUUCCUUUGAAUCCUGAUUUAUUGACUAUUCCAGGUGUGGGUCCGAGAAAUUUGAGAAAGCUUGUAAGGAAAGGGAUAGCUGGGGUUGUUGAACUCAAGAAACUUUACAAAGAUAAGUUCUUCGGAAAAUCUAGUGAUAAAAUGGUUGAAUAUCUUCAGAGUUCUGUGGGAAUCAUCCAUAGGAACCAUGCUGAAAGUAUAACUACCUACAUCAAAAGGAGCGUGGAUGAAGAGUUGGAUGACGCCUUCUCCAUUCAGCUGCCACACAAGAGACAGAUUACAUUCUGUGUUGAGGGCAAUAUCAGUGUGGGGAAGACUACUUUCCUUCAGAGAAUAGCUAAUGAAACAAUCGAAUUGCGUGACCUUGUUGAGGUGGUUCCUGAACCCAUUAACAAGUGGCAGGAUGUUGGAGCUGAUCACUUCAAUAUUUUGGAUGCUUUCUAUGCUGAGCCACAACGGUAUGCUUACACCUUUCAGAACUAUGUAUUUGUUACCAGGGUUAUGCAGGAAAGAGAGUCAUCUGGUGGAAUGAAGCCUCUUCGAUUAAUGGAGAGGAGUGUUUUUAGUGACAGGAUGGUCUUUGUUCGAGCUGUUCAUGAGGCUAAUUGGAUGAAUGAGAUGGAGAUUAGUAUUUACGACUCCUGGUUUGAUCCUGUUGUGUCCUGCUUGCCUGGACUUAUUCCUGAUGGUUUUAUCUAUCUUAGAGCAAGUCCAGAUACUUGCCAUAAGAGAAUGAAGUUGAGGAGGAGGGCGGAGGAAGGUGGAAUCACGUUGGAAUAUCUCCAUGACCUCCAUGAAAAGCAUGAAAGCUGGUUAUACCCCUUCCGAAGUGGUAAUCGUGAAGUGUUAUCUGUGAGUAGGUUGCCUUUGCAUGUUGACAACUCCUUACAUCCUGCAAUAAGGGAGCGCGUAUUUUAUCUGGAGGGUGAUCGUAUGCAUUCAAGCAUUGAGAAGGUUCCUGCAUUAGUUCUGGACUGUGAACCCAAUAUUGAUUUCAGCAAAGACAUUGAAGCAAAGAGACAUUACGCCCAUCAAGUGGCAGAGUUCUUUGAAUUUGUGAAGAAGAAGAAAGAAGAUCCAUUGAAUGAAGCUGGGCAAGGUGGGAGACACAGCCAGCCACAAAUGCUGCAACCCCGUAAAAGUGGGCUGUGGCUACCAGGCCAAAACCAUUUUCCUUCUCCGGCCCUGAAUCCAUUGGACUUCCGGCAAGCUAUGCCGGUUUUGUCUAGCUAGUUUGUCAUGAAGCAGACAAGUGAGGGCACUGAAUAUUCAGCUUCCUUCAACAUGUCGGUGAUCUUCUAAUGUUUCCCAAAUGUACGGGGGCAUGUUUUCCUUCCAUGUAAACAUGUUAUCGUCUGACUCUUACUGAUGUAGAUAUAGUUGUCAGUUGAAUGCUUGUUAACACCAUGCUAGAACGCUUCUUAGGUGUAGGUUAUAUUUUCCUUGGUUGGAAAGUUUACUGAGUUUGGCAGGUGUUAGUUACUCUUCCUCCUGUCUCUUGGGAACUUUAAUAGGCAUGUUUUGUAGUAGAAAAAUGUAUUUUAGAAAGAAAAUAAGAGAUGUACCUAGAAAAAAAAUGAUAGGUACAUUUUUCAUUUCCUUUUUAGAAAAUAUUUUUCUACAGUAAAAGGAAAUACUA